AUUUCAAAUUCUGCUAUUUAUUUGUAGUUGGUUCUACUUGCACGUUGUUUUAUAAACCAAUAAUCUAAAUUUAUUAACGUUUCCGAAAUCGUUUCUCCUUCAAUUAUGUCAAAAAAUUAACCAACAUAUCAAACAUAACCAAAAAUGAAGUGUCAUUAUGAAGUUUUGGACAUCUCUAGAGAUGCAGACGAUGCCGAAAUAAAAUCUGCAUACCGAAAACUGGCCCUCAAAUGGCACCCCGAUAAGAAUUUGGACAACGCCGAACUAGCGAAAGAACAGUUCCAAAUUGUGCAGCAAGCUUAUGAAAUAUUGAGUGACAGACAAGAAAGAGCUUGGUAUGAUAACCACAGAGAACAGAUUCUGAGAGGCUCUAGCUCAGCGUUCGAAGACAAGAGCUUGGAUGUCUUCCAAUAUUUCACCACCACCUGUUUCAAGGGUUAUGGUGAUGACAAAAAUGGAUUUUACACCGUUUAUCGCAAUGUUUUCGACAAAAUUGCUAAGGAAGAUAUGGAAUUUAUGGAAGACAAAGAAGAAUUUUGUGAAAUACCGAGCUUUGGUAACUCUUCUACCGAUUACGAGAAAGUUUCUGAAUUCUAUGCGUACUGGCUCAACUAUUUAACCAAAAAGAGCUAUGUCUGGUUGGAUCCUUAUGACAUAAAGGAUAUCCGGGAUCGGAGGUAUCUCAAAUUGGUAGAAAAAGAGAAUAAGAAAGUCAGGCAAAAGGCCAGAAAAGAACGCAAUGAAGAAGUGCAGAACCUGGUAGCCUUCGUAAGGAAGCGAGACAAGAGAGUACAAGCCCAGAAGAAACUUCAGGAGCAGAAAUUAGCAGAAGAUAAGAAAAAAAGAGACGAGAUGAGUAAGCAGAAACGGUUAGAGAGGCAGCAGGAGUUGAACCAAUCCAUAAAUCAACCGGAAUGGGCGAAAUUCGACAAUGUUAAAUCCGAGCUGGAAGAAAUUGAAAAGAGUUUAGUGAAAGAGUUCGGAGAAGAGUUCUCUAACUCUGAAUGUGAAGAUGACGAAGAAGAUUUCAAUAAUUUAUACUGCGUUGCUUGUAACAAAGUCUUCAAAACUCCAAAAGCAUUUGAGAACCACGAGAGCAGUAAAAAGCAUAAGGAAAACGUUGAGCUCUUGAAAGAAUCUAUGCUGGAUGAAGAACUGGCGUCAAAUCCUUCAGAAGGUUCGAAGGAAGGUAUUGAAAAAGAUCUUGAAGAUAUAGAAGAAGUUAUAGAAGAAGAAAUAGUCCAGGACAUUGUUCUGUCAGAUUCAGAUUCAUUGGAAGAUGUUAUUAAGACCAAGAAGAAAAAGAAAAAGGCUCGUAAUAUUCUGGUACUAAGUGAUGAAGAAAUGCUGCCUAUUAGUAUUUCAGAAACAAAUAAUAACUCUGAUGAAGAUUUUAGCUCCAGUAAAAAAAGUAGAAACAAAAAGAAGAAAAACAAUGCUAAAAUAAAGGAAGAAGAAACGGAUGAAUGCAAUGAAAUCGUUGCUGAAACAGUCGAAAAUGAAGCUUCAACAUCUGAGAGCACUCUUAGCAAGAGUUCAAAAAAAGAAAAGAGGAAAGACAAGAAAAACAGAAAGGAAGCCCCUAGUCGAAGUGAUCUACAAGAACUGGACACGGAUCACAGUUGCGUUACUUGUAAAUCGAAUUUUCCUUCUAAAAAUAAAUUGUUUGACCACUUGAAGAAAACAGGACACGGGGUGUAUAUUCCAUCAAAUUUAAAAAGUAAAAAUAAGAAGAGUUUGAGAGAAAAGUAGAUAUGUGAUUGUUUUAUUGUUCAGUUUAUUUAUUGUUGACCUAUUAUAUGUAUGACCUAUUUA